CUUCUCUCCUCACGGGUGGAGCCUGAGAACGGUGAAGACGAAGCACUUCUAACCGUCGAUGAGAACCGGAACCUCAUUGAUAGGGUUGUGGGGGAGUUAGGGUUUGAAAGAGAAGAUGUCACGGCUGGAGUGGCGGCGUUGCGGUCUGGUGGCGGCUUCUCCCCUAGCAGCUCAGAACAGGAUCGCUUUAGCCUUCUGCAGCAAUGGCUUGCACUGAACGUACCAGAGGACGCGCUACCUGACAAGUUUCAGAUCAAAGGGCAGUUUCGGGGCACAACAAACAGUGGCGUGCCGGGCGGAUCGAUGUCUUCCAGUAGCAGCAGUAGCAGUUUCAACCCUGCAACUUCUUCUUCUCCGUCCACCAGGGCUUGUGGUAUUGACCCAGCGCAAUCUUCCCAGGCAACAGGCGG